AUGACAGGCUCGUCCAGGUGGAAGGUUGCAGCGGUGGUCUUAAUGCCUCUUUUAAGUCUGUUAUUACCGGUGCGAGCGGAUGAACAUGAUCACACGUAUACAGACAAAGAAGAGGUGGUUCUGUGGAUGAACACAGUGGGGCCCUAUCACAACAGACAGGAGACCUAUAAAUACUUCUCCCUGCCCUUCUGUGAGGGCACUAAGAAGACCAUCAGCCACUACCAUGAGACGUUGGGAGAGGCUUUGCAGGGAGUAGAGCUUGAGUUCAGUGGCUUAGACAUCAAGUUUAAAGAGGAAGUAAUGCAGACGACAUACUGUGAAAUUGACCUGAACAAAGCUAAAAGAGAUGCCUUUGUCUACGCCAUCAAGAAUCACUACUGGUACCAAAUGUACAUAGAUGACCUGCCCAUUUGGGGGAUUGUUGGAGAAGCUGAUGAGAAUGGGGAAGACUAUUACCUCUGGACUUACAAAAAGCUGGAAAUUGGCUUCAACAGUGACAGGAUUGUGGACGUUAACCUGACAAGUGAGGGGAAAGUCAAACUUGUGCCAAACACAAGGAUUGCUAUGUCUUACUCAGUGAAGUGGAAAAAAUCUGAUGUGAAAUUUGAAGAUCGAUUUGACAAAUACCUUGAUCCAUCAUUCUUUCAACACAGAAUUCACUGGUUCUCCAUAUUUAACUCCUUCAUGAUGGUUAUUUUCCUUGUGGGCCUGGUGUCUAUGAUCCUGAUGAGGACACUGAGGAAAGACUAUGCCAGAUACAGCAAAGAGGAGGAAAUGGAUGAUAUGGACAGGGAUCUUGGGGAUGAGUAUGGGUGGAAGCAAGUUCAUGGUGAUGUGUUCAGACCCUCCAGCCACCCUCUGAUCUUCUCCUCCCUUAUAGGCUCUGGUUGCCAGAUCUUCUCUGUAUCCCUCAUUGUCAUAGUUUUGGCCAUGCUUGAGGAUUUGUACACUGAGAGGGGGUCCAUGCUGAGCACUGCUAUAUUUGUGUAUGCUGCCACCUCUCCAGUAAAUGGUUACUUUGGGGGCAGCCUGUAUGCAAAACAAGGGGGGAGGAGAUGGAUAAAGCAGAUGUUUAUCGGAGCAUUCCUGAUCCCAGCUAUGGUGUGUGGUACAGCCUUCUUCAUUAACUUCAUCGCUAUCUACUACCAUGCCUCCAGAGCCAUUCCAUUCGGUACUAUGGUUGCGGUGUGCUGUAUCUGCUUCUUUGUCAUCCUGCCCCUGAACCUGGUUGGGACGAUCUUGGGUCGGAAUCUCUCAGGUCAGCCCAACUUCCCCUGCAGGGUUAACGCUGUGCCCAGACCCAUCCCAGAGAAGAAAUGGUUCAUGGAACCAGCUGUUAUCGUGUGUCUGGGAGGCAUUCUACCAUUUGGGUCAAUAUUCAUUGAGAUGUACUUUAUUUUCACCUCAUUCUGGGCCUAUAAGAUUUACUACGUGUAUGGCUUCAUGAUGCUUGUGCUGGUCAUCUUGUGUAUCGUGACUGUGUGUGUGACCAUUGUUUGCACGUACUUUCUCCUCAAUGCCGAAGACUACAGAUGGCAGUGGACAAGCUUUCUUUCUGCAGCCUCCACGGCGGUUUAUGUUUAUAUGUAUUCCUUUUACUACUAUUUCUUCAAAACAAAGAUGUAUGGCUUAUUUCAGACAUCAUUCUAUUUUGGGUACAUGGCUGUGUUCAGCACCGCUCUGGGUAUAAUGUGCGGAGCAGUUGGUUACAUGGGAACAAGUGCCUUCGUGAGGAAGAUCUACACAAACGUGAAAAUCGAUUAGCAUCUCUGCAGCAGAGCUGUGAUCAGCCGGCAUUUUCCCAGCAGUGGCGGGCACAAGUCUUUGUUUCUUUUGCAAGAAGAGAUUGUGAUCUUAUCUUGUACAAAUCUAGUUUUCCAUUUUCUCAGUGAAUUCAAGGUUGGAAAAUUGUGCACACAAAGGCAAAAUGGAAGAUGAAAUAAACAUGAAUUUUAUUUGUUUUUUUUUGUUUUUUUUAUUAUUAAUAACGUUUCAUUUUUCCUCUGGAGCAAAUGCAUAGAAUUUAUGCAGUUUAAAAAUGGAAAAAAAUGUAAACCACAACCUUAGUUCUCUGAUAAAUCUGUCCCACCCAUCACCAGUGAACAUAGACCUUUUAUUGAUGGAAUAGUCUAGCUCUCUUCAGUGAAGAGGCCAAAGCGUAUUGAAAGCCUUUGUUCUAUUAUAUGAGAAUAUUGGAGAGUUGGGUUUGUGUCUGUGCUCCUACCUGUCUUUUAUAUUACCGAGUUGUGUGAUGCCAUUGUUGUAUUGUUUUAAACACUUGUUUUGAAUCACCAAGAGCGUAACAUACAUUUGAAUUUUCAAAAUGUCCAUGUUGGAUAUUUUUUCCAUCAUUUAAAAACUUGGUGUAGGCUACUAGCAUCUGUGUGGCCAGACUUGUUCACGUAGCAC